ACAAUUAACAGUUGGUAAUAAAAAAUGACAGCUACAACUGUACACGUCAAUUUCGGUUAAAUGUUAUUCGAGAAGCGGUUUUACCCAAAACGAUGAAAUCGAAUUAAAGGAAAUUCGAAGCGAAACGAUCAAAUAACGGACGUAUCCUAGUUUUACAACGGAAUUAAAAUGGGCGGACUAUGGAGUUAUUUUCGUGGACUUCUUGGUGCCAGGGAGAUGAGAAUAUUAAUUCUAGGCCUCGAUGGGGCUGGAAAAACGACCAUUUUAUACAGACUUCAAGUUGGGGAAGUAGUUACGACUAUUCCCACAAUAGGAUUUAAUGUUGAGCAAGUCCAAUAUAAAAACUUAAAGUUUCAAGUUUGGGAUUUAGGUGGACAAACGAGUAUCAGACCGUAUUGGAGGUGUUACUAUAGUAAUACAGACGCAAUUAUUUACGUUGUUGAUUCUGCUGAUAAAGAAAGAAUAGGAAUUUCAAAAGAAGAAUUAUUUCAUAUGUUAAGGGAAGAGGAGUUAUCGGAUGCAAUUUUAGUUGUAUUAGCAAAUAAACAAGAUAUGGCUGGAUGUAUGACAGUAGCCGAAGUACACCAAGCGUUAGGGCUAGAAGCAUUAAAAAAUAGGACAUUCCAAAUUUUUAAGACGUCUGCUACAAAAGGUGAAGGUUUGGACCAAGCGAUGGAUUGGCUGGCGAACGCAUUGCAAAAUAAAAAAUAACACAGCAUCUUUUAAAUUAUGUUCUAGUCCUUGUUUAAUUGAACUUUUUUCCAGUCGUAAUAAUUCUACCUAAUAAUAAUUUAUGUGCAAAAUUCUUUUAAAAAGGCUUAGUUUUUAACACAAGAAAAACGAGAUAAAGUUACAGAUUUAUUUUGAAUAUAUAAAAAUGUAUUUUAGUGUA